AAGGCAUUAGUUUAAGAGCACGUUUGAACACUGCUGUGUUUAGAACUGGACCCACAUGGUUCUGCUGGAUCAGGUUUUGGGACGUUGCGCUACAGUGGAUGACAUUUUAGUUUAACUUGUUUCAGAGUUCCCGCACUGUGCAAGCCAUCUGAGCACAUGUGCGCGCGCACACACACAUACACACACAGGCAGGUAGACCGUGAACUCACCUGUCUGUCUACUAAAUCUCAGAUCAGGAAGUCAUCUUAAUCAUAUCAAGUUUAGCUUUGUGGUAGAAGGGUUAUGGAUCCUGGUGUGUAUUCUAACGGCCCUUUACUCACAAGGUCAAAAGAGUUCAACGGGUUUCAAUUCAAUGUUGUUUUUGACCUUGGAGCCUUGGACAAGAGGAGUAUGAUGGGUGAAAAAGGGAGUUACACACUCUCAGCGGGAUUACUGUCUGUCCGGUAGGUGUUGCAGUUCCUGGCCACAACGUUAAGCAUGGAAACUAAAGGGCUUUGUGUGUGUGUGUUCAAAAUCUCAGUAUAACCAUCUGUCCCCUCAUGAGGUAGAGGAGUUCUCCAAACUGAGCAGGAAAGAACAAAGUCAGUGCCUCUGUGUUCAACUGUGUUAGUUUGCUUGAAGUUCAGUGGAGUUCCCUGAUGUGAGGUGCACAGACUGUUUCCCGCAAGAAACCUCCAGGAGAGGGUCGUUGUAACACUGAUGAAGACCACAUCGGACCUCAACCUUCUUCAGAGUUAAACGGGACUCCCUUAAAGGACCUGAGUGUGUAAAUCCUACAGUGAGUUCUUACAGAUGUUAAGUUAUGCCCUUUUCAAAAGGCCAUGCUUUUAAACUUCCAGGUACUGUCAGUCAUUUAUGUUUAUGCUUAUUUAUUCAUUUAGCAGACGCUUUUAUCCAAAGCGACUUACAAUUUCUAACCUAUAGGGCAUGUUGUGAUCUGUGGGGGAAACCGGAGUACCCGAAGGAAACCCACGCAUGCUUGGGGAGAACACGCAACUCCACGCAGAAAGGCCGCAACAGAGUUUCGAACCUGCAACCUUCGUGCUGCGAGGCAACAGUGCUAACCACUGCGCCACCAUGCAGCCCAUUUGAUGAGCUCAGAUUAUCAAGAGUUCAUGGGGUUGUUUAGAGACCCAUACUCUUUAAAACACGAGUCCUGUAGAGGUUUAGCAAAAUUAUGUGGCUUGGUUAGUGAAACAUUUACGAUCAGAGCGCCUUAGGAACAUGUGAACUGAUUCCUGGGCUCUUUAAAAACUUUGCAUUUUCUUUUUAAGUGCUUCAGGUCUUCCAGGUCUGGAUUUUUUCUGUGACCCUUGAAUUUGUUCCAGCUGUGAUGAAAUCAGGCUGUGGCUUUUGUCUUAAAUCAGUUGGGUCAUGUUUAAAGUUUCCAUGACAACCUGAAAGUGAGGGAGGGGAUAUGAAACCAAAAUAUGUGUAAUCAGACAACAAAAAGGAAAAUACUGAAGACUUCAAAAUAAGAGUUUCAAAAUUAAACAGAAACAUUUAAAACCACCAGAGAGUUUGGAUUUUUCUCUCUAGGGGCUUUUUAGUCUUGCUGUUUUUGUGUGUGCUUUUGUUUGAUUUGAUUUUAUUUUUUUGCAACCCAUUUUCUUUUUCAAACUUUAGAAGGAGCUGCUUUUAUUGUGAAGGGCCAAGUAAAGAUGAGUCACUUCCUCCGGUAUUUCAAAAGUGAAAAAGAGGAACUUCCAGAGACCAAAGAAAAGUGAAAGGGAAAGCAGCUGCAGCUUCCAGGCUGAUCACGGAUCAGUUAGUUCUGAUUUUAUUACGUAACUGCAGAAAAAUCUGAGAUAAAACAGGGAAUAGAAGUGAAAAGUAGAUUCUAAUAAAAUAGAUUUUCUGCUUCAACAAGUCUCAGUCUGCCCCCAAAUGACAUGUAUGUGUAAUCAGAUCUCAGCUCCUCUGUGAGAGAGGGAGAGUGAUAACUAGGAGGGAAAUAGAAAUGAGAGGGGCUUUUUACUGUCUACUGUUUUCUUUUUCUGUCUGUCUGGAUAAAAUGAGCUCCUCCAAUCCAACCAGCAGAAUGGCAUCCUGCACUGAUGCUCCUCAGCAUCCUCAUUGCCUUUAUCAUGGUCAUCAGCACAAGUCUAAUCUUCAUCAUUUGCAUGCUGACCUCUGGUCUCUGCUGCAAUUGGCUGACGGACAACAGCAAACUGAGAAACACAACAAUGGUGCUUAUCGAGGUCAUGGGCGGUGAGUUUACGAAGCAGGACUGUCUGGUUCUCUUUCCAUACAAAAUGUACAAGAGAGUGGAGAAAAGAGAGGUGGAGUCCCAGCUCGGGUUCAUCAGGGACAGUCUGAAGGAAAUUUUUCAUCUCUAUCGCUAUGACAACUUGUCUUCAACUUCCUGGGACCCAGUGAAAACCAUGCUCUUUUUGGAGAGCAUCAACAGGCAGAUCUAUGAACUGAACAGCUGUAUCAAACUGAAGCAGCAAUCAAACAAAACACUGACACGUUACUACAGAAAAUUAAAGAACACAAUUCAGAGCUGCUCUGAUGGACGCAGUGCAUUCUGGGAGCUGCUCAGAAAGAAGACCAAACAUCACCUGGAAUCUCAAGGUCGACAAUACGUUAGACAAGAACAAAGAUCUAGAUCUGGUGAUAAACAAAAGAGGAUGAAGCAACAUCUGCAGUCCUGA